CAAACCCCACUAGCCAGUGUCAGCCUCGCGGCGGGAGGAGGCGGCGGCGGAGGAGGAGCAGGGGGAGGGCUGUCAAAUUCGGGAGCCAGAUUUUUUUCCCUUCCCCUGGCAGUCCCUUCCGCUUCCCCGGCUCCUGGCGUGACAUCUGCGCACCGGGGACCUGUAUGUGUGUGCGCGCCGAGGAGCGGAAGAAUGGCAGUGCUCAAACUCACCGACCAGCCACCACUGGUCCAAGCAAUCUUCAGUGGUGAUCCAGAGGAGAUACGGAUGCUCAUUCACAAAACUGAAGAUGUCAACGCUCUGGAUUCUGAGAAGCGAACUCCGCUUCACGUGGCCGCGUUUCUGGGAGAUGCAGAGAUCAUUGAACUCCUGAUUCUGUCAGGAGCUCGUGUAAACGCCAAGGACAACAUGUGGCUGACCCCCCUGCACCGGGCUGUUGCUUCCAGAAGUGAAGAAGCAGUGCAAGUGUUGAUUAAGCACUCGGCUGAUGUCAAUGCGAGGGACAAGAACUGGCAGACCCCCCUGCACGUGGCAGCAGCCAAUAAGGCCGUCAAGUGUGCGGAAGUGAUCAUUCCCUUGCUGAGCAGCGUCAACGUCUCCGACCGAGGGGGACGCACGGCCUUGCACCACGCCGCUCUGAAUGGCCACGUGGAGAUGGUCAAUUUACUCUUGGCCAAAGGGGCAAACAUCAAUGCAUUCGACAAGAAGGACCGGCGUGCUCUGCACUGGGCAGCGUAUAUGGGCCACCUGGACGUGGUGGCAUUGCUCAUUACCCAUGGCGCAGAAGUGACGUGUAAAGAUAAGAAGGGUUACACCCCACUGCACGCUGCAGCUUCCAACGGGCAGAUCAACGUGGUCAAGCAUCUCCUGAAUCUGGGGGUGGAGAUCGAUGAAAUCAAUGUGUAUGGAAACACGGCGCUUCACCUGGCCUGCUACAAUGGGCAGGAUGCCGUGGUCAACGAGCUGACCGACUACGGUGCUAACGUGAACCAGCCCAACAACAGCGGGUUCACCCCUUUGCAUUUUGCUGCUGCGUCCACACACGGUGCUUUGUGUCUUGAACUGCUAGUGAACAACGGGGCAGAUGUUAACAUCCAGAGUAAAGAUGGUAAAAGUCCACUGCACAUGACAGCUGUCCAUGGAAGGUUCACGCGGUCACAAACCCUCAUUCAGAAUGGAGGUGAAAUUGACUGUGUGGAUAAGGAUGGCAACACUCCUCUCCACGUGGCUGCAAGAUACGGUCACGAGCUUUUGAUUAACACCUUAAUAACCAGCGGAGCUGACACGGCCAAGUGUGGAGUCCAUAGCAUGUUCCCCCUACAUUUAGCCGCCCUAAACGCUCACUCUGACUGCUGCAGAAAGUUGUUAUCAUCCGGCUUUGAAAUAGACACCCCAGAUAAAUUUGGACGAACGUGCCUUCAUGCUGCUGCUGCAGGAGGUAAUGUGGAAUGUAUAAAACUCUUGCAGAGCAGCGGAGCGGACUUCCAUAAAAAGGACAAGUGUGGGAGGACCCCUCUGCACUAUGCAGCUGCAAAUUGUCAUUUCCACUGUAUUGAGACAUUAGUAACCACAGGGGCCAACGUUAAUGAAACAGAUGACUGGGGACGGACAGCUUUGCACUAUGCUGCUGCAUCAGACAUGGAUAGAAAAAGUAAGACUAUCUUAGGAAAUGCCCAUGAAAAUUCAGAAGAACUUGAAAGAGCCCGAGAACUGAAGGAAAAGGAAGCCGCAUCCUGUCUAGAGUUUCUACUUCAAAAUGAUGCAAAUCCGUCUAUCCGGGACAAGGAAGGCUACAAUAGCAUACAUUAUGCUGCCGCCUAUGGCCACAGACAGUGUCUGGAAUUGCUUUUGGAGAGAACCAACAGUGGUUUUGAAGACUCAGAUUCCGGUGCUACCAAGAGUCCGCUCCACUUAGCUGCCUACAAUGGGCACCAUCAGGCCUUGGAGGUCCUUCUGCAGUCGCUGGUAGACCUGGACAUCAGGGACGAGAAAGGCCGCACUGCUCUGGAUCUGGCUGCCUUUAAGGGACACACAGAAUGUGUGGAAGCACUUAUCAAUCAGGGCGCAUCCAUCUUUGUGAAGGACAAUGUAACCAAAAGAACCCCACUUCAUGCCUCAGUAAUUAAUGGUCACACACUGUGUUUGCGGCUGUUACUAGAAAUUGCAGACAACCCGGAAGUGGUUGACGUGAAAGAUGCCAAAGGACAAACCCCACUGAUGCUUGCAGUAGCAUAUGGACACAUUGACGCUGUCUCAUUGUUACUUGAAAAGGAAGCAAAUGUAGAUGCUGUUGACAUCAUGGGAUGCACAGCUCUACACAGAGGGAUUAUGACGGGACACGAGGAAUGUGUGCAAAUGCUGCUGGAACAAGAAGUGUCGAUUCUCUGUAAAGAUUCCAGAGGGAGGACCCCCUUGCACUAUGCGGCGGCUCGCGGCCACGCCACAUGGCUGAGUGAGCUGCUCCAGAUGGCACUUUCCGAGGAGGACUGUUCUUUCAAAGAUAACCAAGGCUACACGCCGCUGCACUGGGCUUGUUACAAUGGUAAUGAAAACUGUAUAGAGGUACUUUUGGAGCAAAAAUGUUUUCGCGAAUUUAUCGGUAAUCCCUUUACUCCGCUGCACUGUGCAAUAAUAAAUGACCAUGAGAAUUGUGCAUCAUUGCUACUUGGGGCCAUAGAUUCCAGUAUUGUCAAUUGUAGAGAUGACAAAGGGAGGACACCGCUUCAUGCUGCAGCUUUUGCUGAUCACGUGGAGUGCUUGCAGCUUCUUCUGAGACACAACGCUCAAGUGAACGCAGCAGACAAUUCAGGGAAAACAGCGCUGAUGAUGGCUGCUGAGAAUGGGCAGGCAGGCGCUGUGGAUAUUUUGGUGAACAGUGCCCAGGCUGAUCUGACUGUGAAGGAUAAGGACUUGAACACACCCUUACAUUUGGCUAGUAGUAAAGGUCAUGAAAAAUGUGCCUUGUUAAUACUUGACAAGAUACAAGAUGAGAGCCUUAUUAAUGCAAAAAAUAAUGCACUGCAGACCCCCCUGCACGUUGCUGCCCGCAACGGCUUGAAGGUGGUGGUUGAAGAAUUGCUGGCAAAAGGGGCCUGUGUCCUCGCCGUGGAUGAAAAUGCUUCUAGGUCAAAUGGACCCCGUUCUGCACCUGGAAUAGCUGUGCAAAAAGAAGAAUGAGACUCUCUAAAAAUUAUGCACAUAUACACGCACACAUAUAUGUAUAUAUAUGUCUGUCGUUCAUCAACCAGCUAUACAUGAGGACCAAAAUGCUUCAGUCUAAAAUGGAAGAUUCAAAUGGUUUUCCUUCAAAAUGGAAGUGAAAACUGAAGUAGCUUUUCUAUGGAGUUAAAAUGUAAUCUUUUGCGUAACAGUCUUUGUUGUAUUUUAUAUUUCUGAUGACACAGAUUUCUAGUUGAUGGCUUAACAUUUGUAACUGAUGAUGUGUUGACCACGGCUUAUUUUUUUGCCAAACUAGAGAAAAUGUUCAUAUACUUUUGAUGUAAAUGUGUUUCUAUUUAUUUGAAAUGAAACAAAUGCUGAGGAAACAUCCAUUGUUUGUUCUCUAUUUUAAUUGCUAUGUGUCUUACUUGGAAUAACAAAAAAGCAGAAAAAUACACAGGACCCUGCCUGGGCUGGCCAGCAGUCCUGGGGCCAAGCCCAGCGUAUCCACUGCUAAGGUUCCAGCCAACCCUCAAGCUCUUCAGAUACGUUGGAGUGAGGUACAACACCCAUCCAUCGGUGAGCCCCAGGCUGUAGCCACCUUAGAGCUUCGAGGACACUGCAGUACUUACGCUCUUGUGCAAGAUGAAAACUGAAGUGGAUCAUGUGCACAAAGGUGGCCCAAAGAAAGAUACAGAAAUUAUUCUAAAUCCACUGAAAGUCUCACAUGGUCUCGGUAACCCAAUGGGAAACUAUGCCUGUGUGUGGGCACCUAUACCAAGAGGAGAAAUAAAAAUCACCAGCUCAAGUGCUAUUUUCCACUUUAGGGAGAGACAAGAAAGAAACAGGUUGCUUUAGGGCAGUUUUCUCUGACGUUUUAUAAGCAGUUCUGUUUUCCUCCUGGAAAUUGCUAUUUUAUAGUGUGAGAUUUUUAAAACAGUGUUCUAUCAUAUCUGGAUCAAAUGCAGAUACAGUAUUAGAUUUUUCAUUUAACUGUAAAAGACUUUAAUCUUACUCUUUUAAUAUCCUGGAUGUAACUAAAAACUCAUGUUGGGUUCUUCACAAAUGAGAACUUGUUCAAAGGACUUAUAGAAUCGGUAUUAAUUUCACUGAAAAUUUUUGACACUGCUACCGUUGUUUUUUUAAUUCUUGGCAUUGUGUUCCUCUCCUUCCUCUGUCCUUUUUGUUUAGAGACAGUGAAUUUUUUAAAAGUAGAUAAAUUGCUGAUGAGCAAUAAUGACCUUAUCUUUACCAAAACACUGAAAAUUAGGGAGAUCCAGUGCUGAAGAAGCAUGGGAUACUGCGUGUCUUUUUCUAGAAGUGAAUGGAAAUCUUGCUCAGUUGGCGUUUAAAGCAGCAAAUGAAAUGCCUGCUUUAAUGGUAAAGCAGUGCUAACAUUUCUCCUGUAGAGUAGCACAGAGAAUAAGGAAUGUGGCAGCAAAGCAGUGACGCCGGGUGACAUUGUCUCCAUGGAGCUGCGAUUUGAUUCCCCCCGCCCCACCCCGCUGUCUUACUGAUAGAAAGGAGGAGGACAAAGGAACAAAAUGAAACCAUGCCCACUAGAGAACCGUUCAUUGAAUCCAACUCUCUCGCUCUCUCGCUCUCCUGCUCUCCUUCUAUUUCUCCCUACCCCCAAGACCAAAUUUUUUCCUUUAAGAAAUGACUUUAAAAACUAUGAGUUCUGUGUUUUUCAAGUACAUCUCUUAGAAGUAAAACUAGAUUGGCAACUUGGCUUUCUAAGAAAGAAAACAGAAAAAAUUGUGCUUUUCAUUGAGUCUUGUUGUUUAGUGCUUUUACCAAAAUGUGUUAUUUUUAGAUUGUCUUUUAAUCACAGCCACAGGGAUCAUGUUUCAUCCACUUACCUGUGCUCUGUGUCUGCCGAUCCUCGGUAAAUACAUCACUAUCUCCAAAUUGCCUAAAAUCUGCUAUGAUUCUACAGUAAAUAGCUCAGGGGACUUCUAUUUAUCACUACUAAAAGGGCACCAUAGUAUGUUUUGGUACUUUAGGCAGCAAACAGCUGCUUGAUUUCUUCUCUUGUUAUGAAGCUAGAACAAGAACAUCGAGUGGAUUUGCUGCACUAGUCAUUCUCUGUACUGUUGAGCAACUUGGUUUGCUGAUCUGUUGCGUUGGUUGAAGAACUCAUCCCUUUUUUGUCUUGUGAUAUGAAGUUAGAGUGCCUUUUUAUAUUUGUAUAUUCUGAAGACGUUCUGUGAAAUGUUUUGUAUUUUUUUCAUUUGAGUGUUAUCAGAGCAAUAUAAUACCAGUGACUUUUCAUUUCGGCCUUUCUUUGAAUGUAUAAAGUGUCUUUUUUCCUAUUUCCCCUCUUACCUGCUUUGAAAUGAAAAUGAAAAUGCUGAAGUUUUUUAUAGGAAUUAUGUUUGAUAUUGCAGUGCUAAAAUGCUUUCUUCUUACCAAACUGUAAACCAUAGGUCAGUGUUAUAGGGGAAAAGCGUUUUAAGAUAGUGACAAUCUGAGUGUGUGUAUAAAAUGUAAUUCUGUGCGUUUCUUAUGCAGUGAUCUAAAAAUUCAAUGCAAAUAUCAUUUCUUUGGUAGUUUUGUCUGCGUAUUUUAUGCUUUAGCAUGUGCAAUAUAUCUUUGCGAAGCACGAUGAUACAAAUCCGGUGCCAGUGUUAUAUUUUGCAUAACAUAUUUGUAACAGCAUAAAGUAUUGUUUGAUGAUUUCAGUGGGAUUUUGUCUGUAAUGUUUUCUUAUGUAAAUUGGAGUUGAAUGACUCUGGUAAAUGUCCUGACUGUAAAAAUGAGGAAAAUGAUUUUUAGUUCAGUGAGUGACUUUGAACCAAUCUGAAUCUUCUCAAGCACAGUUUAAUACUUUUUCAACUACUGAAUGCUAAUAACGUAAUGAAGUGCA